AUGAAAUACAUUAGUACAAGAACAACAAAGCGCGAAUAUACGUUCACGGAAGCAUUUCUGGAGUCCUUCGCAGAGGAUGGAGGACUUUUGUGCCCGAAAGAGAUACCGCGCAUUUCUACGGAUACGCUGGAGAAGUGGAGUCAUCUGAAUUUCUUUGAUCUUUAUUUGGCGAUUCUUUCGAUAUUUAUUGACGAAAGUGAUAUAUCAUCCGACGACUUGGAAGUCCUUUUGAAAUCUGUAUUCGAAAAGUUUCAUCAACGCGAACUUGUCACUAUCAAGCAAGUCGGUCCCAUUUCCUUGGCAGAAUCCUUCUAUGGACCCACUUAUCAUAUCAAGGAUUUUUCCAUGCAGUUCAUUGGUCAUUUUCUGAAGUAUCUCGUUAAGAAAGAUGAGACGAACGAUGCCGUAUGCCUUCUCCACUCGUUUGUCCUAGUGCCACAUCUACGCCGUGCUUCCAUGCUAGCUGGAGUAGGAUCCGUCGAUUAUCGUGUGAAUGGGUUCUGCAUCUACCCUCGUAACAAGAUCGACUACAUCCAGGAGCGCGAAAUGAUCAGUAACGUGUCAACCAACGGAUACAGCCUCUGCAUGGAGAACAGUGGGAUCUCGGAGGUACUUCGCAUCACGCGCGACCUCGUAACAAACAAUGUGCAUCGCGAUCGCAUCCACAUCAUCUCUGCGAACAGCGGGCACAUCGUGCGUGUGCUCUGCGAGCUGCCCAUCCUCUUCUACGCCUACUUCCACAGCGUGGAAUAUCCUCACCAGGCCGCGUUUUCGUCGUACAUCGCGAACCUCAAAUCGACCUACGCGCUCUGUCUGGCUCGCGAUAUGGGUCUUCCGAUCGACCACGUGGUGCUGUCCUGCCGUCCGAAGAGCACCGUUCUCGACUUCUUCAACAAGGGCGAGUACCAGGCGUCGCUGCGGAACGAUCCUUGCAAAGAAGAGUUUCGGUUCGUGCAUAGCAAUAUGGAGCGGUGCGUUCUCCAGCCCUGUUCAAGCCUAGCAUCCUCUUCUACACGCUUCGCAGCGAUGUCUCGCAGUACAUGGAGGCGGUCGAGAAGGGCCAGCGCAUCGCUCUACCGCUGGAGAAGGUGA